AGCAGUUUUCUUCUGCAUACUCUUUUCUUUUCUCCCAAAACUUACUACUACUACUACUACUUUAUAUAGCUUUCAAACAUGCCUUUUACAGCAUCCAAGACUCCCAUUGUCUUGUAUAAAUAUCCUUAUUCAGGCUUGUUUCUUCUUUAAAACCUCAGAAUCUCUCUCAUUCAAACCAAACACCCAGUGAUUCUUUUUUAACCAUAACCCCAUUUUGAGAGUAAGAAAAUUACAGUGAGUUGAGUGAGUAGAGGAACAAAAAGAAAAUGGAGGGGGGAUCAGAUAAGGUGGUGGAGACAGUUAUAGCUGGAAGCUAUGUUGAAAUGGAAACAGAUGGAAAACCAACUACUUACAAAACAAGACUCUCUAAGUUUUUAUGGGAUGGUGGUUCUGUUUAUGAUGCUUGGUUCAGCUGUGCUUCAAAUCAGGUAGCUCAAGUGCUGCUAACAUUACCAUACUCAUUUUCACAACUUGGGAUGUUAUCAGGGAUUUGUUUCCAGUUGUUCUAUGGAUUGUUAGGGAGUUGGACAGCUUAUCUCAUUAGUGUUCUGUAUGUUGAGUAUAGAACCAGAAAAGAAAGAGAGAAAGUUGAUUUCAGAAACCAUGUUAUCCAGUGGUUUGAGGUUUUGGAUGGAUUGCUUGGGAAACACUGGAGGAACGUGGGUUUAGCAUUUAACUGCACAUUUCUUCUGUUUGGAUCUGUUAUUCAACUCAUAGCCUGUGCAAGCAACAUAUAUUACAUAAAUGACAACCUUGACAAGAGGACUUGGACAUAUAUAUUUGGAGCUUGUUGUGCUACCACAGUCUUUGUUCCUUCCUUUAAAAAUUACAGAAUUUGGUCUUUUCUUGGACUUAUUAUGACUACUUAUACUUCUUGGUACCUCACCAUUGCUUCCCUCCUUCAUGGCCAGGUUCAAGAUGUGAAGCAUUCAGGUCCGACCAAAAUGGUUCUAUAUUUCACAGGAGCAACAAACAUUCUCUACACAUUUGGUGGUCAUGCUGUUACUGUAGAAAUUAUGCACGCAAUGUGGAAGCCCCAGAAAUUCAAAGCAAUAUAUCUCAUGGCAACAUUAUAUGUACUGACACUGACAUUACCAUCUGCAAUAUCUGUUUACUGGGCCUUUGGAGACUUGCUUCUAAAUCACUCCAAUGCUUUUGCUCUUCUCCCAAAAUCACCACUCAGAGAUAUGGCUGUUGUUUUAAUGCUAAUCCAUCAGUUUAUAACAUUUGGGUUCGCAUGUACGCCAUUGUAUUUUGUAUGGGAGAAAGCUAUUGGAAUGCAUGAAUGUAAAAGCUUAUGCAAACGUGCUGCAGCAAGAUUACCAGUUGUGAUCCCCAUUUGGUUCCUUGCUAUUAUCUUCCCAUUCUUUGGUCCUAUCAAUUCAACUGUUGGAUCUUUACUUGUUAGCUUCACUGUGUACAUCAUUCCUUCUCUUGCUCACAUCCUUGUCUUUAGAUCUGCCGCUGCUAGAGAGAAUGCAGUGGAGCCACCACCAAAGUUUUUGGGAAGAUGGGCUGGAGUAUACUCAAUUAAUGUAUUUGUAGUGGUGUGGGUAUUCAUUGUUGGUUUUGGGUUUGGUGGUUGGGCAAGUGUUAUUAAUUUUGUACAUCAAAUUGAUACAUUUGGACUCUUCACUAAAUGUUAUCAAUGUCCACCACCUGGAGGACCACUCCCACCAUCACCACCACCAAUGGCACACCACUUCCUCAACUCCUCUUUCGCAGCUCCACCGUCUCACCACCACGGCGUUCAUCUCCACAGGCAAUAAUCACCCAUCCAUACCUCCUAUGUCACUGUUAGCAACUGUCUUUGGGUUCACACCCUGAAAAUCGAGAAGUGAAAGAACUUUCUACAUGGGAGAAUUGAGUUUUGUUUAGGUUGCAAGAUCAUUCCCUAUCAAACCACAUCUCUGCCGUAUAUCUAGCUUAGUCUCAUUAGGAUUUUUCAAGUAUUUAUGUAAUCAAACUGUCUGAAGAAUAUUUUUUUACUCUUUUUUUAAUAUAUGUAAUGCUAAUAUGCUAUUAAACCUUAUGCAAGCAUGAGUCUUAUUCC